GUUACUCCAGAAUAAUGGUAUUCGGUUUCACUAGGGAUUGGACAGAGCGUAAAAGAUUCAAGAAUCUAAGAUGGUUGCCUCCAAUUACGCUGCGAAAUUUUAUGUGAUGAUAGUUUGCGCCGUGAUUUUACUCACUUCCGAUCUAGUUCUUGCCAAGUCUCGAUCCCCCAUCUCUGACGCGGAGACUCGACAGAAGAAAAAUGAUUGCUAUGCAGACAUUGAGAGUGGAUUGUGGGGUGAGCAAUGCACGUCUUCGACUAUUGCUAAGGAGAAUUGUGCUUUACGAUGCCUUUCGCCGAUUUGUUACGAGCUGAUCUACGAGAGUGAUCCGCUGGAAGAAGGGGAGAAAGACUUUACUAGGAGUUCGGAGUAUAAAUAUUGCAUGCAUAGGGCAUCUCUCGGAGAAAGCUUAGAUGGCAUUAGAGGAUCGUUCAACCAUUAGAAUGUUUGAUGCAUGAUGCAUAUAUGGGACGUAACAGCAAAAACAAUUGUCGUCAUAGUAAUAAGUAAGCUCUGUGGUUUAAACGGCUUAUGUAGUCUCUUUUUUCAUGUAAAUUUCGUGAGCAGAUUCAGCACUCUGUACACCUCUUGUUCAUGGUUUCUUCUCCUAAGCAGAGUAUUUUUAAAGUUGGUAUCAGUGACGGAUGUUCAGCUUGAUUUUUCCCAAUUAAUAGGUGCUUGCGCCGUUUUACAGAUCUA